UAUAUAAAACAAAAUAAUCUUCUCCGUCUCUAUUUACUUGGCCGCGCAGAUUGCAAGCGGGAUUUGUAGGGUUUUUGUUCCAUUCCUCUUUCGCAUAUCUGAAGCCUUUCAAUAUGACAAAGAGAACCAAGAAGGCCGGUAUUGUUGGGAAAUAUGGUACCCGUUAUGGUGCUAGUCUGCGCAAGCAGAUUAAAAAGAUGGAAGUCAGUCAACACAGCAAGUACUUCUGUGAAUUCUGUGGAAAGUAUGCGGUGAAGAGAAAAGCAGUCGGAAUUUGGGGAUGCAAAGACUGUGGAAAAGUGAAAGCAGGGGGUGCUUACACUUUGAACACUGCAAGUGCUGUGACAGUUAGGAGCACCAUUCGGAGGCUUAGGGAGCAGACCGAGAGUUAAAACUCGUUUUAUAAAGUGCGUUUGUGCUUUUCAUUUUCUUGAUUUAUGGAAGUGAAUGCAAUGCCUUGUGUUACCGCUUUUAAACAAAUUUGCUUUUUGGUAUAUUUUGAACUCAUGAAUCAAUGGAAUCAGUUUUGGUGUUUAGAUUA